GAACUGUAGGUGGUACCGUUGUGUGAAGAAUGACUCAAUGGUAGUAGUAUAGAUUGAAAAAAUAGUGGUCCACAUUUGAAUCCUAGAGUAUCGCCGCUCACAGGCACUCGUAAGACAAGCACCAGGAAGUCUUGAGACGUUUAAAUCGAGAUUUUACAACGACCAGAUGUGCAAAUUAGAAAUCCGACAAGUGCGAAAUUGUCUCACGUGGUGAUCGUAACGUAAAUUACAGAGCCGGUCUUCGAUGAGGUAACCGUAUUAUUCGCCACGGAAUUCCAAGUGCUAAUAAGAGCCGGCAGUGAGUAGCCGCCUCGUUCCGUCAAUCAGCAAUGACCAUAACGUCGCUUAAUAUCGCCGACGGCACGAUCAAGAAGAGGUGGAGGCCAAGAUGUCGUCCCCUAUACAUGGUCUUGCUGCUACUGGGAUUGCUAGUAAUAGCCCUCAUUAUAGCUUACUUUUUGGGAGCCUUCGAGAAGUCACCGAAGACGGAGAUUUUGGUACCGCCGAAUCCGAGCAAACCGCUGCCGCCGUCCCCGUCGAAAAUGCACACAUUCCGAAAGGCAGCAGUGUGCGCCGACGCGCCGGUUUGCGCGGAAAUAGGAAAAAAUAUUUUGGAGCGAAACGGGUCGGCGGUCGAUGCGGCAAUCGCGGCGCUCUUCUGCAAUGGUGUCGUCAACAUGCAAAGUAUGGGGCUCGGAGGUGGUUUUCUUAUGACAAUCUACAUUCGUGACAGCAAGACUGCGGUUACGUUGGACGCGAGGGAGACCGCCCCUUUGAACGCGACAGCUGACAUGUUCAAGAAUGAGAACGAGUCGAAAUACAGUGGUCGAGCUAUCGGCGUACCCGGUGAGCUUAGAGGAUAUUGGGCCGCACACGAAAGGUACGGUAAAUUACCGUGGAACGAGCUGGUGCAGCCCACUGUCGAACUGUGCGAGCGAGGCUAUCACAUGAGCAGCCCGCAAUUUGAGGUUCUCAACAAAAUAGGGAACGAUACUAAUUUAAGAGACUGGUUUACAGAUGCAAACGGUAAAUUUAAACCUGCUGGAUCAUUAAUCACGCCAAAGAAAUUAUGUGAUACGUUAAAGAUAAUUGCCGGUAGCGAUGGCAACGAGCUAUAUAACGGAACACUUUCAAAAAUGCUCCUAAAAGAUAUCGAAGAUUUAGGAGGGAUCAUUACGGAGGAAGAUCUACAGAGCUAUACGCCCAAAUGGAGAGAUGCCGUUUCGGUAGACCUGAACACCGGAGGUCAUUUGUAUUCCAUACCACCACCAGGUUCCGGACUACUCCUAGCAUUUAUAUUGAACAUUUUGGACGGCUACAACUUCACGCGCGAUAGUCUCUCAGAUACUAACAAAACCAUACUGACAUAUCAUAGGAUAAUCGAAGCGUUCAAGUUCGCUUACGCAAGACGGACUGAGCUUGGUGAUACCGACUUUGUAAACAUCACCACGCUCUUGCAAAAUCUGACCUCGAACGACUACGCUAGCUAUAUUCGAAACAAAAUUUUAGACAAUACAACGCAUUUAAAUCCCGAAGACUACGGAGCGGUCUUUUUCAACAAGGAAGACCACGGCACCGCGCACAUAUCAGUAUUGGCAUCGAACGAUGACGCGGUUUCCGUCACCAGUACCGUAAACGUAUUUUUCGGAAGCGGCGUCACAUCGAAAAGUACGGGAAUCAUACUGAAUAACGUAAUGGAUGACUUUUCAUCGCCCAACUUCCCCAACUACUUCAAUCUGCCGGGCUCGCCUAAUAAUGUCAUAGAACCCGGUAAGAGGGCGCUGUCGUCAAUGACGCCCAGCAUAAUCACGGAUCGGAAUGGAGAUGUUCAGAUGGUUAUCGGUGCUUCUGGCGGUACGAAGAUUACGACUGCAAUUGCGUUUGUGAUUAUGAGACACUUGUGGUUUGGAGAUAACAUCAAGGAAGCUGUGGAUGCACCUCGGAUACACCAUCAGAUGUAUCCGAUGACCAUUGAUUACGAGUAUGGCAAUUUGCAGCAAGUAAUCAACGGAUUACAAAAGCUGGGCCACAACACAACGAGGUAUUCGGAGAGAGGAUCCGUAGUAUGCGCGCUGACCGUGCAUAACGGUACUAUAAUAGCAAAUUCUGACUAUAGGAAAGGAGGUGACGUGUAUGGCAUUUGAUGGAAGCAAAAGAGAGAAAACCAUUUUGGUAUAGUUACCCAGGUCGACGCUUUACGUUGCACAAAUUUUAUUUAUUGAAUGUCAUUCAUUUUUAAUAUAGUCAUAAUAUGUAAGUAACUUUGUAGAUUUUGUUGUUUAUUGUUGCAUAUAUACUCUUAAAAUAUAUUUUUUGAUAUUUCA